GCAGGCGAACAAUUUGGCGCCGGGGGACGCCGUGACUUUCGAGGUGGAACUGAAUGCGCAGGGCCGGCCUCAGGCGCGGAACGUCAUCAAGAUCGUCCCGGCCAUGUUGGGCAUCCAUAAGGAUAAGAUCGAGGACGCCUGGGCCGCUGCCGAGGCGGAGAGAGAGACAGAGGAGGAGACAGAUCCGAUUGAAGACGCCUGGGCAAUGGCUGAAGCGAGCCUGCAGGAAGAGACCCAGGAAGUUCAGGCGAGUCACGCGAAAUCCGAGGUGGAUGACUCUGAAGCCAAGUUCUUGGGUGUGAACACGGCCGUUGUCAGCGGCGCCCAGGAAGCGGAGAGGAACAAGCGGCGGCUGGAGGAGGAGCUGGCGGACGCGAAAGCGCUGGCGGAUCAGAAGGAGUACGCCCGGAAGUCCACGAUGCUGGCGCGCUUUACCACCAUCGUGGACACCAUGGAGCAGCUGCGCACGGUGGCGCAGGAGGCCUCUGAUGCCCGGCAGCUGGCCUCGCAGUACGCGCCCAACGACGAGAUGCACGAGCUGGCGCUGGAGGAGGCCAGGGAGUUGCGUGAGAAGCAGGAGGAGAUCGCCGAGAGGCUCCAGAAGGAGAUGCUGACCCCGGACGAGCGGGACCAAGCCACCUCCGUGCUGGUGGAGAUCCGGCCUGGGGUGGGCGGGGACGAGGCCUGCCUUUGGGCGGAGGACUUGUCCAACAUGUACCAGAAGUACUGCUCCAUGGAGGGCCUGAGGUGCAAGUUCCUGUCCUACUCUCGGAAGGAGGGCGGUGGCCUGCAGGAGGCCACGCUCAACGUCCAGGGCGAGGGCGCGUGGAUGAAGCUGAAGUACGAGAGCGGCGUCCACCGCGUCCAGCGAGUGCCCUCCACGGAGAAGAUGGGCCGAGUCCACACCUCCACCGCCACCGUGGCCAUUAUGCCGGAGGUGGAAGAGACCUCCGCCGUGGACGAGGAGAACAUCGAGAAGGAGAUCAAGUACUCCUUCUGUCGCUCGGGCGGCAAGGGAGGCCAGAAUGUGAACAAGGUGGAGACCGCCGUGCACGCCACCCACCAGCCCACCGGCAUCCACUUCUUUGUGACGCAGGAGCGUUCCCAGCUGCAGAACCGCGCCAUCGCGGUGAAGCUCAUCGUGUCAAAGCUGAAGGCGAUGGAGCAGGAGGCCGCGCAGGCGGAGGAGGCGGAGAUGCGGGCCUCGCAGAUCGGGUCCGGGGGCCGCAGCGAGAAGAGCCGGUCCUAUAACUUCAAGGAGAACCGCGUCACUGACCACCGCCUGAACCAGAACUUCCCCUUGUCCCAGUUGCUAGAAGGCAACCUCCAGGAGGCCGUGCGGCUCAUGGCUCUGCAGGACGAGCGCCAGAGGCUCGAAGCCUUCGAGCGGAACGUGCAGAACCAGAAGCUGCCGGCCUGAAGUAGCCGCCGCUUCGGGCAGGGCGUGGAGUGCCAGGCCCCCGGUGUAGUUCGUCAUGAUAUCCCUUCUUGCCAUUUGUUUG